AUGCUGUUUAAUCUAUAUAUUGAAGAAGUAUUGAAAGAAUUAAGAGUAGAAGUAAAACAAGGAGUUAGAAUAGGUGGAGAAACAAUUAGCGUACUGAGAUUUGCUGAUGACAUUGCUUUUUGCGCAGAAACAGAGAAUGACCUGCAAAAGGUUUUAACUAAGGUCAAUAAAAUAUUAUGGGACAAAUAUGGAAUGCAAUUAAAUAAAAAAAAGACAAAGGUUAUGGCGUGCAGCAAGACAAACCAGGUUCUACUUAAUAUACAUAUAGAUAACGCACGCAUUGAACAAGUGCAUCACUUUAAUUACUUAGGAAGCAAAAUAACGGAAGAUGGCCGUUGUAAAGAUGAAAUAAUAAGUAGAAUAGCACAAGCGAAGAUGGCUUUCCAGAAUAAAAAACACCUACUAACCACCAAUAGUAUGGACUUAGAGAUAAGAAAAAGGUUCUUAAAAAUAUANUUCGAAAUGUGGUGCUAUCGUAAAAUGUUAAGAAUUAAAUGGAUUGAUAGAAUAACGAAUGAAGCAGUAUUAAAUAGAAUAAAAGAAAAGAAAAUACUAUGGCAUACCAUAAAAGUUAGAAGAGCUAAAAUGAUAGGACAUCUACUACGCCAUGAGAGUCUAUCGAAAACCGUCAUAGAAGGUGACGUUGAAGGCCAUAUAGGAAGAGGAAGACCAAGGAUGGAGUACAUGAAGUAA